UUCCUGAUUAUAAUUUUUGUAAUUUUUAAAUGUAUUUCGAAUUUACUUAUGAUCAUCGUUUCUCAAAUAAAAAUGUUUUAUAUAUCGUACCUCCUCUUCUUUUUCGUAUCUUUUCUUCUUGCUCGCUCACGUAAGUUUCUCUGUUCAUCGUAUAUCUUACGUUUUUCAAUACGUGCAUCAAUAUGGAGAUUGAAUUUAACAACUUUUGUUAAAGGUUUAGCCUUAAAUUUGAAAGGUUCAGUUUUCUUGACGCGCCCAGAAUUGAUAUCACUUGAAUCAACCGGGUUUGAUUGUACCUUAUCAUUAUUAAUUUCAUUUCCCUUGUUCUACUUCCUGGUUCUUUCAGCCCUUAAUUUAGUGCGCAAGAAUGGAGACUUCGUUUUUGUAGGAAGAUUAACAUAAUUCGACGUAGAUCUCAUUGUCGCAAGCUUUGAUUUGAAUCUGUCUGGAGUUUUUCCAAUGAAAUAAUGGCGAGUUUUGCGCAACAAAACUCUUCUUCAUAUGAAAUCUUUUGAUAGGUUGCCGUUUCUGAAUUCCUUGAGAUUUACGACCAAGAUGAUUUUUUACUUGCUUAGCAGUAUUAGUAGGUUGCGGAACUUGCGGAACUUGUUGCAAAAUCAAAAGUUAUGUCGUUAUUAAAGU